AUUGAAGGUCAUGCAUAAGCGGCUGCUUAAAAAUGCGUCUUCGACUGAAAUUUCUGAACAAAUUUCAUGUUUACGAGACAGCUGUAGCUGACCCAACAGUCAUAGAGCUUUUGGAGUGCGCUUCCAAAAUUUUUGGCUUGAGGAAAGAUAAUGUUCAGAUUAGUUUAAACGCUAAAGAUUUCUAUGAUUCAAGUGAUUCACAUCCACGUCUACUGUCUGAACUUGGCGUUGUCAAUGGUGACAUUAUAUACAUUCGUUCAUUGGAAAAGUUAGAUGAUAUUAAAAAGUCAUUAGAAGCUGAAUUAGCUGAUCCCAUAUUUCGAUUAGCAAAUGAAUUGAUUACUUCACAACAGUACUCCUCGAUUUACUUUCUAGCUAUACCACUUUAUGUAUUUGCAAUUGACAAAGGAUUGAAUAGUGUAGAUAGCAUAAAUGAACAUUAUCAUCAAAGAUAUGUAACAACAAUUAUCCGAUUGGUAUUCAAUUAUCCUCAUGUACCUAACAGAGUGGUAUUCAGUUUAUAUCAAAAUGGAAAUUUAUCUAUUAUUACAGGCAGUGUUCAAUCUCUUCCUGUACGAAAACAGCUUAUUCUACUGACAAAAGAUUAUUUGAUCAAUCAAAGUUUAAUAGACCAAUCCGUUGCCAGUAAAUCAAGCCUUUUAUACCGAAGAUUACGAUUAUUAGCUGUACGUAUCAAAGAUGAAUUAAUUGAACCUAUACUACUGGCAUUGCAUUCAGAAUACAAACUCCCACCUAGAAUACAUUUAUGCACUCUACCGAAUGAAUUAUUUAGUCAAAUAUUAUCCUGUCUGUCAUUGUCUACACUUGGUUCACUUAUGUUAUGUAAUCAUGAUUUAUACAAUCGGAUACGUGGUUGUAAUACAAUAUGGCGUAUACACUUAGCUAAUUUAGAUGCUAAAAAGAAGCCGAUAUUAGAUGCAGCACUGAGUCGACAACAAAGACAAUUAAGACAACUUCAAGAACAGCAACAGCAGCAGCAGCAACAACAAGGACAACCAGAUGAACCAGAUGCUUCAACAUCUGCUGGUAAUCAAGAUAACAGGAAUGAAUUAAACAUUCUAGUGAAUAAUGAAGAGAAUGUAUCUGGUUUAAGUAAAGAUUGUCUUAUACCACAGUAUACCU